AUGACUCUCGAUGCAAACCAGAUCGUCUCCGUCGUGCAAAUUGUGGUCUACGUCCCGGCACUUCUUCUCUCAUGCUUCUCUCAUUAUUUUGUCUGCAACCGACAUGGCUUCAGUCUGAGUUCCGGGAGGUGGUAUUAUACAUUCACUCUAAGUCUUAUUCGCAUAAUCGGAGACGUACUACUGCUGUUGACGUACUCGAAUACUUCGACCGGUCUUCUGGCAACAGCUGAGGUUUUUGAUCAUAUUGGCUUAAUUCCACUGCUCCUCGCUACGUUUGUACGAUGCCCUCUUUUGGAUCUAAGUUGUUAUUCUUCUGACGAUAUUCGUUGCAGACUCGACUUAGCUAAUUUCAGCACAACCACACCCGUAACGAUCAAGUACUUCCUCCUUGUCCAACUCACUGUCGUUGUAGGCGCAGUCCUCGGCAUUAUCGGCGCGGGACAAGCUCGCUCGUCAACCUCUCCCUCAGCCCUGACGGACGUCGCAGUGCUAUGCUACGUUGCCGGCUACACCAUAAUUGUACUGAUAUUUUUCCUUAUUCUACCUUUCACUCGAGAGCAUGUUCCUGACGCCGAACGACCGCUGGCGCCCGCAAUCGGACUUGCACUACCAUUUGUUCUUUAUUGGUUGUCUUUGUCCAUCGCGGAGCAUAAUAACGGCAUCAGCAACAGCAUCAGCAUCGGCAGAUUCAAGCGCAGCGAGCCCAGUCAGGAACUGCUCGCCGAGUUUUCUACCGUUUUCGGCGCUCCUGUCACACAUAUGGGUCACUGGAACUAUGCUUCGCCCGCGGUGACAGUGCAGUCCUGCUGAUGCCUUUAGAUUAGAUAGUCGAAUCGAAUUGAGGGCAGGCAUUGAUGUAUUGGUAACUACAUUUAUACCAACACGAAAUUCUAGACUACCUCACAUUCGAAGUUAAUUUGUAAUUGAUUGAAAUGAUCAACGCCAACAUAUUCUAAUCAUAGGUAACCCCAACCAAUCAAUAAAACAAAUCCAUCCAAGCCAGUUAAGCUAAUGCUGUAUAACACAAAAAGAAACUCAAACGCCAGGUAUAUAUCAGAAACGACCUUGUCGUA